UCAGGGUGCUGAGACUCUGGACAGGGACAGUGGACACGCUGCUUCAGCACUGAACCGCCACCAUCCGCUCUCUCUUACUCCUUACAGUUUACCCUCGUCUUCAACCAGCCAUGGGAGUUGCCUACAGCGUUGGAGAGGUCGACCACCUCUACACUUUCUUUGUGCAGUGGUCCCCAGAAAUCUACACUAAGGGCAAGGGCAAAAAGAAGCACCGCCAGCCCCGUUUCUUCAUCAGAGAGAAACAUCAGAACCGCUAUCUGGUGGUGAAGAAGAAAACGGUGGCUGUGAUCAACAAGCUCCUUAGUAACCCUGUCAACCCUGCUGCUAAAACCUGGGAGAUCAUCGCAUUGAAGGAGUCCAAGCGGCGCCAGAGUCUGUGUAGCUCGCUGGACUCUGUGGAAGAGGAGCCCGAGUACCUGGAGGAAGCUGAAGAUGCUCUCCCUGUCCUGUGUGACCACAGCCAGCUGCUGGGUGACCAACACCUGGAGAAACUUGCUGCUCACAUGCCAGCCAGGACCCAGGGCUAUCCUUGGCAACUGGUCUACAGCACAGCCAUCCAUGGGAGCAGUCUGAAGACUAUCUACAGGAAUACGGCAAGCCUGGACAGCCCUGUGCUGCUGGUCAUCAAAGACAUGCAUAAUAAGGUUUUUGGGGCGUUCUCUUCUGACCCAUUCAAAAUCAGUAAAUACUGCUAUGGCACAGGGGAAACCUUCCUGUUCAGCUUCAACCCUGACUUCCAGAUAUACAGGUGGAGCGGAGAGAACUCCUACUUUGUGAGCGGCAACUUGGAAUCUCUGCAGAUUGGUGGAGGGGGGGGUGGAUUUGCCCUGUGGCUGGAUACUGAUCUGUACCACGGUUCAAGCUUCUCCUGUCCCACGUUCCGCAAUGCGUCGCUCUCCACACAUGAAGACUUCAUUAUACAAGACCUCGAAGUCUGGACUGUGCAGAACGGGGACAACAGAUGAAAAGACGCCACUGUCCUGUCUGGAGUUACCAAACUUCCAAAAAUUCCAGGGCGUACAUGUGGUUUUAGCCACUACUGUACAAAACCUGAAAGAGCAGGUGCUGUCAUCUGGGCACCUGGCUCAGUGUAGCCCACAUACAGAAGUAAAAGGCUUUUGGUUCUCAUGCUGGACUUUCUGUUUAUGCUGGUGUGAUCUGAGCCUGUUCAAGACAAGAGGCCAGAUGAAAUCCUGUAAUUCAGGGUCCUGUUCCUUUAAACUACCGGCUAUUCAUCAAUAGCCGCGUGGUAAGACCAGUCAGUCACCGGCAUCUGACGCUUUGAGCCCUCCAUGCCCUCCCUUUGUUGUGGGGAGCAUUCUAAUACAAAGGUCACAGAAACACUGGUGACUAAAAAAGAUCUUAAUGAAUGUAAGCACAUUCAGGAUUUAAGGAAACAUGUUUUGUUUGUGACAUUUAAAAUGUGUUUACAAGAUGUGUAAGGUUUAUGAAACUCAUAUAUAUUUAGUAUAAACUAAAAGGUUAAACAAAUAAUUUAUUUAUUGUAAAAUCACUGUAACAUGAUAGUACGCACAAUGGCCUCUAAUUGCACUUGUUUUUGUCUAACGUGAUGUGUGGCUUUAAUGUUGUUCUCCAUUUGAAAACUACGGCUGCAGAGGAAGAACUAACCACUCAGGUUGAAAAAUAAAAGCAUAAAGUUACACUAUAAACAGCG